AUGGACAAGCCGUUUCAGGGCCGCACGUUCUGCUGCACGGGGCUCCACGGCCACGAAAGGCACGACAUGGCAGAUAAGAUCCUAGCGUUGGGCGGAACUCAUUACACGGAUUUGAUGAGUCUGGUCAAGUACCUCAUUGUGGGUAACAGAAACACCGAAAAGUAUAAAUACCUGAUCAAGUACCGGCACGACGUGGUAUUUCUUCCGCAAGAAGCCAUUACAAGAAUCCACCAGCGAUGGACCGCAGGCGACGAUACGGGGCUAGAACCGGAAAGCUACCUGAUGGCUGUUUUUGACCGUUUUACCGUUUGUGUGGCUAGAAUCGAUAGACCUCCUCCGGGCGUCGUUCUGAGGCUAUUUGGCGAGAAGUUCCGUACUCCACCGGACGGCGCUGUGCUGGAACCGUUAGCUGACGCUUUUCUGACUGACGAAGUGCUGAAUUCUAUGGAGAAGAAAGGUGCACAAGUGAGCACUACGCUAACGCCGUCGUGCGACGUUGUGGUGAGUACAGAGGCGUCGGGAAAGAGAUACACCAUGGCCAAGCAGUGGGGCAUUCCUGUGGUGCACCCGCUUUGGGUGUACGACUCUGUGCUACGAGGAGCCGCUCUAGAUCUUGAUGACUACGUUCUCACGAGUGAUGGAAGUAACUUGUACAAUAGCGGCAGUUUCGUCUGGAAAAAACUAUAUUCGGGAAGAGCCGAGCCCGUGGAAAAGGCCGAGCCGGAAAGAGCGCCUUUGAAGAAGAGUCUGGAUGUGUGGAGCUCGAUCAUGAGCUCUCGUGCCAAAUCGGCCAGAGUGAUUAAAGGGUCACUCUGGGAGGAACCUUCCGAGGAGGAGACCGCCAAAUCUGUGGCACCAGCGUCGCCGGAGAGGAAAAGCUCGCUUUUCAGCGGAUUCAAGUUUCUCCCGGUCGGUUUCUCUAUACCCCAACAGAAGGUUCUUCGAGAAGUCGUGGAAUCUCAUGGUGGAGAAGUCGCCGAGCUGGCCAACGACGACACGAUUUCGCAUAUCGUCCUUCUUGUUAAAAGCGGUCCUCAAGCCAGUCUCAUGCUUCUGGUACUCUCGAGCAACAUGAAGCGUCGCAUCAACAGCAAAGAAGUCCAUGUUGUGACCGACUGGUUCAUUGAGCGGUCCAUUUUCUACAAGGAGGUCCGCCACGACUCGUGGUGUAAACCUUUACAAGGACUUGUCCCGCUGGCCAAAAAAUUCAAGGUCUGUAUCACAGGUUUCACUGGAGUGGAACUUUUGCAUAUUGAAAAACUCGUGGAGUACCUCAACCUCGAGUUCUGCCAAACUCUCGCGUCCAAGCGGGAUUUGCUCAUUGUCAACAUUAAUUUAUUCAAGGACGGUCUUCAAGAAAAGAGUCCGUCGCUUUUCAAAUACAAGUACAAAGACGUGCUUGACUGCCCCAUCUAUACCAGUGGUGAUCGCCUGUCGUCAGUGUCAGUUAUGUCGUCGCAAAACAAAAUGAAUGCUGCUAAAAAGUGGAACAUUCCCAUUGUCUCUGUUGCUUACUUGUGGGAGAUGAUUCAGCGACUGGCCGGUAAGGCCAAUCUUCAAAUGCCCGAUAUCUUCGAUCUCACUUGGUGCAUCUACGCCCCACGCAGCAUGGCCAAACCUACCACGCUUCUUGACUAUGUGAGAACCAUGAACGAUGAUUUCGAGACGCAGAAGCCAGAGGAAAGCGAUUCGAUCAAGCUUCCGUCGCCUCGAAAGGCUAGAGAGAAACAGAAGUAUGGUCGUUUGGCGGGAAGUCGAGAGUCUCUCACUGAAAAAUUAAAAAAGGCUCAGGACUCACAGGAAAAUAGCGAAGUCCCCUCUGACGAUCGUCCGCCAGAAAGUGACGACAUCAUGACUCAAGUUGGUUAUGUGAACCAAGACCUGGUUCACAACAACGAAGAGCUCAUGAAGAAACUAGGUGAGGAUAUCGAUCGUCCGGCAAAACGCACCCGUCGGGCCAGGAACUAA